UUUUGGAUUGGAAAAAUGACAAGCCAAAAGCAUUCAACAACUUGAAUCACAGAAUUCACAAGCUCCAACUUACCUGCGUAGGAAAUUGUAUGAGAUGGCCAUCCUUUAGCAGCUCAGACAUUCUAUUAAUCAAGGGGGAGAAAUGUAUUUUAUUCAAUCUUGAUGCUACCAUUGGGACGCCUAAUUUUUGUUUUUAAGUAGAGAUGUUUGCGAAUUUGUAAAUUAUUAUGUAUAUGCCUUCAAGUCCAGAUUAUUUGGGCUGGGCUGGGAUGGGCUAUGCCCCAGUGGCCCACAUAUGCCCGGCCCGUUACCACCCCUGCUCUUAUAUAAAGUGCAACGAGUGAACGGAGCAUAGAAAUGUACAAUUCUGGUUUGUGCGCGAAGAAACUGAAGAACAAUGGGUUGGGUUUGGAAGGACGAGGAGGACGGAGGCUGGAGCUCUUCCGCAGGGUCAGGUGACACAGACAACUCCUUAGACCCUAGCCCUAUGUGCUCCACCCGACGCAUCGUGAAAUCUCAGUGCAAAACGGAAGAGGUCGAGCCCGGGAAAUUUGUCCGGAGGUGUGAGAAAACUGAAGAGAUUCUCAAAGAUUGCGUCGGAAGGCCUACUGAAGUAGUUCAAUCCAACAAAGAAUACACUGAAGAUGAUGUCACUGGCGAGGUGGUUAAAGGGUCUCUCUCUUUCAGGUCAUCAGAGCAGCAACCGUUCGACUUCCCUGGACUACGCAGUGAUAUUGAAUCCAUUGAACGAAAUGUCUUCGGUGGUCUGGACCGUUUCUUUGAAGCAGCUGAAGAGAUGAAGAAUGGAUUCUUCAGUGUCUUUGGGGCUCCACACAUAUAUGAUGGGAUAUCUUCCUCCCCACCGUCUAGGAGGCAGGGGAUACCCAUUGAAGACCAUGUUAAACCAAAUGAUCUUGACCGUGGUCAUGUUGAUCUUUCUGGAUUAGCGAGAGAGGUUUGAAAUAAGCAGAGCCCCAUUUUGAUGAAUAUGCUGUUUACUAGUGACCAGUUAAGAAAAUAGUCGAUGUCUGCAGUUUCUAUCAGUUCCUUCCUGUACAUGUGAAUACACUAUGAUGGCCAUAUAUGUACCGCCUUUUAUGUGUUGCAGCUUCCCCCUACGCUGUGUUAUGUGAGGCUAAAAUAAAUGGGUAUUUUUUUUUGAA